AUGGGGGAUACCCCAGAGUACUAUUUCCAGCAGAAUGCGAGAGACCAGGAGGCCAACUUGGUUGCAUGGACUCUUCGCCAAGAAUCUCUGGGUUACGCUCCGUCCCAGAGUCAAAUCCGCGCCUGCGUUGUUGCCGUUCUGAAACAGCAAGGCUGCGACUCAAGAUUGGGACGUCAUUGGGUAGAAAAGUUCAUUCAACGCCAUCCAGAACUUAGAAGCAAGGUCGUGCACUGGUACUUUGACGUCAGGGAGAAGGAGUACGGGUGGAUCAAGCCGGAGAACACCGUGAAUGUUGAUGAAGGGGGGAUUAUGUCUGGACAGUCUGGUGGUUGGAAGUUUGGACCUAAACGGAAGACUCUUCUCAAGGGACCCCAGUCCCGCAGCUGGACCACUUUUAUAGAGGCCAUCACCGCCGACGGGCGCGCCUUGACUCCUGGCAUCAUAUUUAAGGGCAAAGAUCUCCAGGCACAGUGGUUUAAGGACGAGUUUCGAGAAUUUGCGGAUUGGAACUACAUAACUUCACCAAAUGGAUGGACGGACAACCACAUUGCCGUCGAAUGGCUUGAGGAAGUCUAUUUGCCUCAGACGCGACCUGACGACGACUCUGAGGCCAGGCUUAUCAUUCUGGAUGGGGAGUCAUGCAACGAAUAA